AUGAAUAACAAAAUUGUGUACAAUCCUGCUAGAAUUGCGCGAAGAGAAAUUCGUAAAAAGCUAAACGUAGAUGGAUUCACACUGAAAAGGAAAUUCGUGGACCAUUCCGAGGAGAAUGACUUAAGAUCAGAGCAAUUAAGACUCGAGCAUCACACGAAAAUAUUCGCUUCGAUGUGUCCGGAUGAAAUUCUGGAUCACUAUGACGAUUAUAAUACCAGAAUGUAUUACACCACUUUAAUGCUUGGUGACAUAUCAGGUUUUACAGACCUUGCUGAGAAAUACACUAAAACCGGAAAAGGCGGGCCUUCGAAACUAACAGAAACCUUGAACAGUUACAUCGGCGCUAUGGUACAAGAAAUACUUUCCCACAAUGGUGACGUGUUGAAAUUUUCUGGAGAUGCGUUUAUCGUGAUGUGGAAGCUCCAUGAAGGAAUGAUGAUGCGAGACUUGGCCAUAGCAGCGAUGCAAACCGCUUGCAUCAUUCAGAAACAUUUUGGGUCCUAUGAUACUGAAGUUGGAGUGACUCUUAAGGUAAAAUUAGCUAUUGCUUCUGGAAAGACAUACUUCACAUCUAUCGGAGAUCCCGAAUCCAUGUCACACUAUAUUAUCACCGGUACACCAGUGUGGGAUGUGAAAUUCGCCGAAGGCCUUUGCCGAGGAGGCGAUAUCCUAGUGGCUCCUAGCAGCUGGCAAUGGGUUAAUCCAAACGAAUAUGUCCAUGAAACCCUUCCGGAUGGUAUACACACACUUAUUAUAUCUUGCACGGGCAUGUGGUAUCAAGCUAAAGACGACGAAUUAAUCACCAGUACAGAUGACGAAGACAACGAAUAUGAGCCGGAUUUUUAUGAUCCGACGAUAUUAACCAGAAUAGAUCAUAAGUCAGGAACUCUCAUGAGAGUGGAAAAUUUAAGCAAGUCGAUUACAGCUGUAAGCAGAACAGACUGUCCUAUUUCUAGAAAAAAUUCGAUGCUUAAAAAUAUAAUGUUUUUAGUACGGCCUAAAGUUAUAAAGGUAGCAGAAGCUUGUUUAAAAGAAGCUUUACGAAGCUACAUGGUGAGACCAGUCAUUCGGUCUACCGAAAUGGACGAACCAUUGGAAUAUCUGACCGAAAUGAGACAGGUGGUGAUUCUCUUUAUCAAUGUAAUCACUUCCAAUGUAGGCAAAAAUCAAUUAAUUGCCUUAGUGAACUCUGCUUAUAAACUAGUGUGCAACAUCGUCGAUGGGAUGCACGGAUGCGUGAACAAGACGUCCCUCUUCGACAAGGACUUAAUGUUCCUUUGUGUGUUCGGUUUACGAGGCGACAAACACGAACUAGAAUCGCAAAUCGGUUUAAGAUGCGCGUUGAAGUUACGAUCGAAUCUCAUAGCGAUAGAAAAUGUGAAAUCUGUAACGGUAGGUGUGACAACGGGAAUGACAUACUGCGGAGUCGUAGGGCACAUUUUACGCAGAGAAUACACCGUGAUUGGAAUAUCAGUGAACAAGGCUGCGAGGCUUAUGGUGGCAUAUAGAGACAAGGUGGUUUGCGAUCGAGAAAGUUUCCUCAAUUCUCACUUAGAGGCGAGGCACUUCAUUUUACAAGAACCAAGAUACUUAAAAGGAAUCACCAACAUCGGACCGAUAUAUGAAUUUCAGGAACAACCAAAGUACAUUGUAUCAGACUUAGUUUUCAGUAAGUAUCCUUUACUUGGUCGAAGCAAGGAACUUAGAACUUUUAAAAGGAUACUAAUGAGACUCUUAGAAUAUUCCAAGAGGAAUAAAGAAAACCGUGGCGUUCGACCAAAAUAUAAUACACUUAUCAUAAAGUACUUAUCCUUAUUAUUUCGUCAUUACAUGGAAACGCGCUAUAAUUACAUUUCUCUACAAGCAGGGGAUAACAAGGCCCCGUACAACUUGGUACAUUUAUUAUUUUCAAUGCCUCUUGGUUUCACCCGCACUUCUACGCGAAAAGAGCGCGAAGACAAACUGCUUUUACGACUGGGCAAAAUGAAGCACACGUACUACCUGUGUGUUUUUAAUCAACCCUUCAAUGUGCAUUUCUCUAUCACUCAUCGUUAUAACGCUCUCACUGAUAUGGACAAACAAAAGCUUUUAAGAAAGUUCCUAUUGAAAUUAAUGAAAGGCUGCUUCGAAGAAUUGUGGGUGGUGAUCAUCGAUGAUGCGGAAUAUGUCGAUCGGGAGUCUUUGGAAAUCUUCGAUGUCCUUACAAAGAAAGACAAGAUAUUCUUUGCACUGACUAUUGGUCGCAAAUUGGACACAGACUUUCCGUUAUAUUUAAAUUUUUUGCACAGAGCGAAGGUAAUUGAACUGAUUGGGAUAGACAAGUGGUACCAUGCUGGCUUAGCAUGUCAGAUACUUAAUGUAAAUGGUUUACCUGCAGAACUAGAAAAACUGAUACAAGAAAGAAGCUUCGGGAAUCCUGGCUGGAUCGAGAGUUAUUUAGUGAGUCUUCUCCAAGUCGGUGGUUUAGAGAUAAUAAAUAUAACGAAAAAGGAAGCAAAUAUGAAGGGCUAUGUGUUACCUCCUGUAUCUAUGUUGGAAAGGUUUACUCGAAAACAUAUACUUAUGCAAGACAGCAUGAUAUCAUUAUUGGAGGAAGACAUGAUGACUCUAAAGAAAAAACAUUUGAGUAUCGAUAAUGAGGAAGCCAUAAUCGCGAUUUGUAACAUUGCUGAGAACUUCAUGCACGAAGACGUGGAUCCCGAAAUUACGAUGGAUGAUAAUAUCAUAUUGAUAAAUAACAGGAAAUAUCUUGUUACGUUAGCUAUGAUAUUGAAGCUUUUCGAUUCGUUGACUCCUCUUGAUCAACUUCUCUUGAAAUGUGCUUCAGUGAUCGGGGAAACGGUGAAUAGACAUAUGCUAGAAAGUUUAAUGUCAAUCACUCCUAAAAGAGAAAUCGGACUUGCUGUUACGAAACUCUUUGAAAUACGAGUCUUCGGCUGUGCAAUUGGCGACUUUUCCAAAAAUGCGGGCCCUAUAGUAUUUAUCAAAAAUAUGCGAAAUCCUAAUUCAGAGAUGGACAUAUUCUGCAAGUGUAUUGGUCUCACUAUUCCAGAUGAACUGGUAGAUUUGCCAAGAUAUGCUUCCUGCGGCUUGAUGAGAUUUAAGAUGUCAAUGUUUCGUAACACCACUUAUCAAUUGCUUACGGAAAAUCAGAAGAUAGAAUUGCACAACCAGGCGUUGAAAUAUUUGCAACACUAUACAAGACGUUGUGUUUCUUGCGGAGAGGGUCAAUUCGCAAAAUUAUUGGGGAAAACAUCAAACAAAGAAGAUAGGAAGAAAAAAAUGACAGACAUCGAUGAAAUGUUUGAACUGGAUUAUAGCGAUGAGGUUGUUAACAAGGAAGACGAAAAAAGUAAAUUGAAAAGUUUUGAAAAAUCCUAUCAACUUUCGAUAAUUUCUUCUCGAGUAACAUUGAUAAUAACAUUAAAUAAUAGAGAAGAAGGAAUUACUUUCUUGCCUGAACCUAUUUCGACGUAUGAAAGGAAACCGACGGUAACGUUUUCAGAUGUAGAUUUUUCUAACUGUCUGUGUGAACUGAUACUAAUGACAGUCUAUACUCAAAUACUCGACCAUUGUCGUGGCAUUGGGAAUAUUGAAAAGACGCUCACUGCUCUUUUAGAAUUUGCAGAAAUUUGCUUGAUGAAUUGUAAUAUACCUCAAGCUCGAAAGCUUCUAUCAGAAAGCGAAACUGUCCUAGUGAAGCUAUUCGAAUCGAACGAAGACGAAAUAGUUCUUUUACCCUAUCUCACUGCGAAGAUACAGACUCUUCAAGGACAAUGUUUUCUUGAAUGCGGUUCCAUUUUCGAGGCCGAAGGAUCUCUCGAAAUGGCAUUAAAAAAUUUAGGAUACAAAUUUCCAAAGCUAGAAAUGAUGAUCGAUCUGAACUCAUUCGCGCAAUUGAUGAACUUAAAAAUAAAAUUGAUAUGUCCCAAGAAGACAGAGCUGCUAAACGGUGUCGAAGGAGACAAUAUAGAUUAUACUAAACAAUUAUCAGAAUGCUUGGCGCAAAUGUUCGAACUCUUCAGGUUUAAAGGGAUGAAGAAACACGCUCGCUUAGCAGCAAUGUGGGGUUUGAACGCAGCUUUGGAAUCUAACAAAGAUUUAUACAUUCUCUGUACAUCGUUCACCAACAUGCUAAUCACAGCACAUAUGUAUCAAGACAGAUAUAUAAUUCCAUAUUUGGAACAAAAAGCUAUCAAUAUUUGCAACGAAAGCAGAGAAACACUUGAAGCUCAAGAACUGAAUGUGAUCAUUCAACUUUACGCAGGAAUAUUCUUUUCUCGCUGGAUAAGGGGACAGAUCUCAAAAGCUAUUCAAAUCGGUUUCAUUUGUAAUAGGAUGGCCAGUGCGAUCGGAUCCACAUUCUUGAAGCUGGUGGUACUGCCACGAUUAAUUCAUUUGCUGAUGAUCUCUUGCCGACAUUCGGAAGUAGUUACUCAAUUAAGGGAAUUAGAGUUUAUAUCUCAUCAUAAUUUUGACAAAUCUGGACGUACUUGGUAUUAUGCACUUUGCGCUGACAUCCAUUUAGAUACUGGAUUAACGAUUCUCCCUUUCCAAGCUUGUGAACAGUACUUUCUUCAGGAAGGCGAACAAAUGAUCAGUUUACAUGAUCCAGAAGCAGAAAGACGAUAUUUCACGUCAAUGUGGCUAUGGUGUAUUAGAACUGAAGAAUGGGAAGCUGCGAAAGUAUGGAGCGGUAGAAACGUGGAGAGCAUUAACAUAAUGGAUGAACAUAUAGUUGCAGCAACAAUUACUGCUUUAAAAAAGCUCGAAGGUCUACUAAUUCUUUAUGUGCAUAAACUAAAUAGUCGAAAUGUUGAUGCAGCUAUUACUAUGAUGGAGAUUAAAAGUAUAUUCAAAGAUACAAAGAAAAUGAGCAAAAUUGUUGAAAUCGUAAUUCCCAGAUAUAUGUUGCUGAAAGCGUAUUAUUGGAUGAUAAAAUCGCAGAAAAGUAACGCAAUAAAGAUUUUGAAAAAAUUACAGAAAGUAUGCAAAAAAAUGGAAAACAAAAUGAUUUACGCAUGGGCACUACAUUGUGAAAAAACUUGGUCAGGUGGAAUCUCUUCUGUACAUACAGACAAAUGGAGAGAAAUCACGGACAGUAAAAUACUAGAUAAAUGGGAUGAAAUCAAUGUUAAUAAUUCAAAUAUGAUAAUCUUUACUUUUCCCUUACCAAAAUAUCUUCUUUGACAACUUUUUAUUUUUAAUUUCAAUUAAAAUGAAUGUAAUUAUACAAAAUAAAAUACAUAUUAUAAUAAAAUAUUGUCGAAAAAGAAAA